AUGCCCAUCAGUGCGUUCGGUUUCAAACACGCCUAUCAAACAUGGGCCAGUGAAGAACGAAUAUCUGAACUAGAGAAGGAACUGCAGUUGGUUGAAGCUGGCCAGCAUCCUCAAUUUUUGGAAAAACUCCGCGAAUUCCAUCAAAAACAAGCGGAUGAACUAGAAAUGAUCGAUAUUAUGUAUGAGCGAGAGAAGGAGGAAAUCGAGAGAAAGUACCGUAUGGAGAAUGCUGCAAUUCAACGGGAAUUGAAGGAAAGGGAGGACGACCUGGUUCAGGCCCUACUACUGGAGGUGGACGACCGGAUACGGUUCAUUGAAGCUGAGGUCGCGGUACUGGAUGUUGCCGGACCAGCCUGCCCAACAUUCAGCAUGAACAAAAAGUGUCUUCGACGACGACCGCACGACAUUGCUACCUCCAUCGAAAAGAAGAAAGCGAGGGCUGCAGCGCCAGCAAUAAUUCACCUUCUUCCGGAGCAUAUUAUCGCCGAAGAUGUCAGACUGUUGGCGCCAGCCGAAAGUAUCCCAAGUGUGGUACAACAUCAUAAAGUCAGUUUAGAUAAUGGCAAACUGAUCUAUGAAGGCAAAACGUAUCAGCGAGGUCAAGCAUUGGUGGUCCAGACGGAAAACUAUGGCGCCUUUGCUGGAAUGAUCCUUUCGAUCUGCGAACAGUACAUUCAAUUCAGAUCUACCGUUCCCGGAACCCAAGCACUUUGUGGAUGUACUGGUAUUAAAGUCCCCUCAACCGAUCAAAUACAUUGUUGGGAGGUACUGCCUAGAGCGGCAUCCACAUGGGUUGAUGCUGAUGAAACCUGUCAGGCUGUUGGAGGACAUCUUGGUCAUCCAGAUGGGAACAAUAGCAAAGAAAUCAUCGAAUAUGUUCAAAAGAAUUAUACGAAGCCUGUGCUUACAAACGUUAUAGCCGGUAGUGCUCAAGCUGCCAUCUACGCUGUUAUCUGUCCCAACAACAGCUUUUAUGGCUUACUCCCGAAUACCACCGCAUUUUCAAAGUACAACAGUUCCAACGACAACUACACCAACCACGAUGAAGAAAACAUCAGCGUCAAUGAAACAUACGACGACGACAACAACAACAACGACAGCGGCAACAACAACAACAACGACAAUAAUGACAACAAAAACAACAGCAACAACAACGAAGCCCAUUACGAGCACGUCUACAAAGCCAACGGUGUCAAACACAGUAACAACAAAGAACUCAAGAAAGACCCUCCGAUUCCUGCUCCCAAGAAAACGUUCAUGCCGAACUUGGACAUCCUGGAUACGAAAGUACAUAAACUCAAUCCAUAUGAGGAUGAGAAAUCGGCAACGAUUCUGCCACCACCAGCAACAGUCUCUCAACCAGUGUUCGUCCCUAUACCUACGAAAGAGCCAAAAGAACCGGAGAAAGAGAUAGUAGUGGAGGAAAAGAUUGUAUAUCUUGAUCCGCCAAGGCCUGAAACACAUGACAUCGAAACUGUUCUUCCAAAGGGAGACUCGCCAGAUUUUGUUCCAAUCGUCUUUGAAAGAAAUGGAAAGCCUCACAGGAGAAAGAGCCAAUCACCACCAACCAACUCAAGGAAGAGAUCGAGUUCUGUUCGUUCUGAACCUGCUGAAGACCUACUUCCAAACGAUCCUGUCCCCGAAGAAACGCCAAAGGAACCAGUGGCCGAUCCAUUCGGGAGCAACUCAAUCAGAUCUUCGUCUCCGAAAAGCCUCUCUGUGUUCAGUGACAGAACCAUCAGUCCACUAAAAGUAAAAACUCGUACACCGACGCGUAUUUCAUCAACUCCCAUGUCUUCUGUUGGCACUGGGUCCAGUGAGGAUCCAAGAUUCUUGGAGCCACGUCGCACACCGAAAAGGUCAAGGGAUAUGCCGCUUACACCGAAUUCCCCAUCUCUUCCCAGAGGUAACGUUUCAAUGCGAAACCCACGUGGACGGAUGGGCGGGGUAGUACGUGCUGGUGGUGGAGGUGGUACCACUCCAAUUGAAUGGAAACCAUGGGCCGCAGGCUCCUCGUCAUCUGACAGGCAGCAGUUCCUGAGCUACGACUAA